AUGACUUCCGCACCAUCAGAUACAGAGUCAAACGUUAGCGGUUUUAUACGUUACAGUGACAAGGACUUUAAGCAUUUAUACACAUCUAUGAUACAGAACAUGGAAAUUAUUAAUCAAGAUAUUCUCGAAGUGGAAAAAAAUAUGAAAAAUAUUGUAAAGAAGGCAGGCCCACUAGAGAAUCAACUGAUUACAUUACUCCAGUCCUUGCCAAAACCAAAUAUAACUAUGCCUAUGGAGAUGGAAUAA